AGUCAGUGUGUCGCUGGCCGCCGUGGAGGGAGGAGGGGCAUCAGCUUCGCUCUUUCUGCCUGGCAUCGUGUCAAGAUUACCCAGACGCUUGGCACUGUAUAUUUGCUGAGUCCCCCUCUCCUCCUCGACUGUGUGUGUGUGUGUGGCACUCUUAUGCCAUAUACUCCUCCUCUACCACAGGAUAAGGGGCUCUUAUCAUAGUUAUAGGAGUUUGAGACAAAAUACGAUAAUCACCACAAGUGCCAGAUAUGUCGAUGUCUUCUCAGUACGCUUUACAUUUUUUAUAUUAAACAAAUUAAAGUUAAAAUAACAUAUAUAACAGUCAUCCUUAUUCACUAUUAGCCUAUACCGUAUAAGUCAAAGGAAGAAGCCAGCGAGAAAUUAUACCGAUGAAACACGUGGUGAGAAUCAACAACUUUUCUGUUCUCUCACAACUUUUAACAAACGAACAAACUAAGGUAACCUAAAAAUGCUGAGCUAACCUCUGAACCUGAACGCAUUUUGCAAAUAAAUCUCGUAGAAAGAUUAUAAAUGUGUACGUCAUAUGGCUCAUUUACAGCUACGGUAAUUGAAGAACAGCUGCUAACGACAGAGGCCACGAGGCUAAUUCUUGAGAUAAUCUUGGCAUCAUGCUGCAAGACAUUGAACUACUCGGAGUCUACCAGCUGUGUAAGGGGCUGUACAGACGUCACCUGAAGACGGUGCUGGUGAGCCUGGUGUUGGCUACCCUCCUCGCACUCCUCAUCUACACGGCGCCCAGCCCCACCUUCAUCCUCUCUACCACACACGCCGUGCUCAGCUCGAGUUUGGCGGGAGAGGAGCCGGAGCAGUGUGCGCCCCACAGCCACAUCAUGUUCGUCAAGACCCACAAGUGCGCCUCCACCACCGUCCAGAACAUCUUCCUGAGGUACGGAUACACCCACAACCUAACCUUCGCCCUUCCUAGUCAGGGAAACUACCUCGGCAACCCCGGCCACUUUAAGGCCUCAAUGAUUCCCGAAAGGUUGAUGCCUAAUAGUGGAAAAGUGGACAUAUUCGCCGUGCACACGCGCCUCAACCCCCCCGAGCACGCCCGCGUCCUCCACAACGACACACUCUGGAUCACCAUAGUGCGGGAACCCUCCGCACUCUUUGAGAGCCUCUUCAACUUCUUCCGCCUCGACACGGGCUAUGGCUUUGACCUAUCAGAAUUCAGCACCAGACCUCUAUCGGAGCUGGCCUCAUUCCCCAGAUACGGAGACAAGUUUGGCAGGAACCAGAUGCUUUUUGAUUUCGGCUUUCCAGAAAAUUUGUCCGUGACUGAAUUAAGACGUGCCAUUGAAGAUUUGGAUAAACUUUUUGAUUUGGUGAUGAUUGCUGAAUAUUUGGACGAAUCCCUUGUAUUCCUGCAGCACCUCAUGUGCUGGAGUCCCCACGACACAGUUGUUUUUGCCAAAAAUGCCCGUCGCCAGGAAGUGAAGCCAACACUGAGCCCUGAAACACAGCAAGUGCUCCGGGAACUCAACAGUGCUGAUGUGUUACUUUACAACCAUUUUCUGGCGCGGCACCGUCAGGCAGUUUUUGAGUUCGGUGUUCAGCGCAUGGCAGACGAAGUAGCAGCUCUGCGAGGCCUCCGUAAUGAAUACUACGAGGACUGCGGGGCGCGGGAGGUGCAAGGCCGGGAUGUCGCCCUCAGGUACAAGGAGUACUCAGGGCUGGUCAGUGGUUAUGUCAUAGGAAACAAUUCUGACCAAAACUGUUUACUGCUGUCCAUGCCUGAGCUGCCGCUGGUGGACACCAUCAAGCAUCACCAUCGUAUGUUGCUGAUUGUUGACGAGUUGUCCUAGUACCACGUUAGGCCUAAAUGUGAUACUAAAUCAUUCCAUUUUUACGAAAAUAAAUCACAUACGUUUGAGCACAACAUUAAACACGUGUUGACUGUUUAAAGUCAACAUGCAAUAGAUCUUCCUCCAUUCCCUCAUUCACUCUGCUUCCAAUUCUGCAUAUAUCAAGUGAUCUAUUUUUGUAAGAAAUUUAUAACAAUGUUUUUAAUCUAUUGUAAGUUAGUGUUCUGAGUGUAAGUGUGUAACACCCAAGUGCCUUAUAAAUUAUUGUGUUAAACAAGACACUCAGAAUGUCCCAACUCUUGCAAUUGAUCUUCAAGAGAAGGGAAAAGAAAUCAUUUGAUAUUUUUUAUCAAAUUGUAAAAUAAAUAUGAAACAAUUA